CAUCGACUGUUUAAUCAUCCGUUCUGCAGCAACAGACAGCCCUUCUCAUUACAACAUAUUCUGGUUCCCUGGAUCCGAUUUUCUGUCACGGAUCACAUGUAGGGACGUAUGCACAUGGCUAGCCAGUGAUACUUAUAGGCUCAGUGUGAUCAGGGAAGUCGGGCGUUAAUAUCAAUCGUUUUCAGGGGAUGUAAUGGUGAUUUUUUUUCGGAGGUUCAAUAUCUCACAGCAAGUUCAGAUAAACGCUGUGCAGAUUUUUGCGAGUGACCUAACCGGAAGCUCGACAAUUAUGCAAAGCCCUCUGCUCAUUCAGUCUGCCAACGUUCCAGAUUCUUCUAAGUCAGACCACCGCUAUCAAUCAUCUCUGAUAGUGGACUAUCCGCUGCUAGUGCAGAGGGGACAAGUGAGCGGGCAGCCUCCUAUCGCACACGUCCAGCAAUACGAGCGCGCGUGCCCAGCCCCCACUACUACACUCAAUCGGCCCUUGGGUGUAGAUGCAGUAUAUUACCGAGACUAUCCCUUGCUAGCGCAGAGGGGACAAGUGAGCGGGCAGCCUCCUAUCACCCACGUCCAGCCAUACAGGCGUGCGUGUGCAGUCCCCACUGCUGCACUCGAUCAGCCCUUGGGUGUGAAUGCAGUGUGUUACCGACCCACCGUGGAUGUCCCAGUGGUCUCUCAAUAUCACGCAUCAGCUACCUUCUCGCCAAAGGACAUAAGUUUGGUGCAUACCCAUGCGUCAUAUUCUAACCAGCCCAUUUCCGAGUUCAUCAGCAAUAAUUGCGGGAACUGGACACUCGCGUUGGAUGUCCCUAUCCCAGAAGACUUGGUCCAGCCAACGCUCACGUCACUGUCAUAUACGGUCAAAUAUAGCACAGCGAAUGAUCACUUAGCUUGUGUCGUUCGAUCCAAUAUUCUACUCGCAACAACUGAAUCAGAGGAGCUGGGCGAUAAGAAGACUAGCGAGGCUACUGCUAUGUGCCUUUCGUCCGUACUAGGCAUCAAAGCUAAUGACUUGGAGAACCAGUGGAACCACUUCGUAGAUCGCCAAGAAAUUCCUGUUAAUGCCCGCAUCGUCGAGAACAGCCAUCUGUACUUGCAGAUCCAUAUCUCGGAGUAUCCUACCGUAACGAUGCUGCGCUCUCUUUCGAUGGAUGUCUUUGCUACUUGGCUGGAUGAAGACGAAGAAAAGUGUCUGCUUCAGAAACGUCAAGAAGCUGAGGCCAAGAAGGUAGCUGACGAACUGAAAGCAAAGGAGGAACAAGCCAGGAAAGCGGCAGAGAAACAGGUGGGCAGCGCCGCGGAUGAGAAGAUGCAGGAAAAGAUCCAAAAAGCGCUCGACCGUCUUCCAAAGGAACGUAAAUGUCCUCAAGGAUAUGCUUGGGUCCAAAAUCCGACUGGCUUCAAGUGCGCGGCGGGUGGACACAGCAUUUCUUGGGAGGAAUUGAAUCAAUUGACUGGCUCGGGUAAUUAG